AUAUCUUAAUUUAAAAAGUGUAAAACAAGUAAUGUGGUAAUAAAAUCAACUGUCAUUUCUUUGGUUAUGCAUAAAUCAAAAAUUUAAUAAAGAUAUGGCAAAUUCUUAUCAACUUUUAUUACUUUAUCUGAUGGUCAUCUCACAUCAGCCGAAGUUAGAUUGUUUAACAAGAGCAUUCAAAACAAAUACAAUAGAAAUUCCUAUCAUUUUUUUUAAGUUUGCUCUUUAAGUGUCAAUUAUUAAGAAGUAAAGCAAGACUCUUAGCAUUUGUGUCGUCCUAAACGUUCGUUAAAAACAUGCUGUCAUAUGCCAGGAGCCUUAACUAUUUCUAAAACGUAUUUUGGGAAGUUACCAUCUUAGUAAAUUUCCAAUAUCAAUGCAUGUGUCGAACUCGGUGCUUUAUAACGUAGCUGCAAUCUGUUUGGUGAAACAUGCACAUUCCUUCAACCGGUCAAAAAUAAGGACAUAAUCAUGUACGUCUUAUAGAUAAGAAUUGAAAUUUGGCCACUUAAAAUGAAGUUUGGUCAAAUCAGUGGUCUGUUUAGCUUCUUGAUAUACGUCACGGUAAAUGCAACCGAUUGCCAGGACAGGUGGGUUGCGUUUGAAGGAUCAUGUUAUCUGUUUGGGCAUGACUUGAUUCACUUUACAGAAGCUGAGGAAUACUGCCGUCAUCAUUCGGCACACCUCGUACAAGUUGAGACCAAAGCAGAGAACAUGUUCCUACGGGAUUUUCUUCGAGACUUUAAAUUGGCUGACUACUGGAUUGGCAUGACUGACGAAACCGUAGAAGGUGUUUGGAAAUGGUAUAGCAAUAAUGAGGAUGUGGAAUAUUUUGACUGGGGACCCACAGAACCUCAGAAUGUAAAUAAUGAGGAUUGUGCAGUAUUUGGCGACACCCUGGAUUAUCAAUGGGCUGACGUUAAAUGUGCAACAGACAGGAAGGCACUAUGUGAAAUCUCGACUGGAAAUGUGGAUAUCAUCGGAUAGGCGUUACCGAGUCCCUAUUUACUAUUGUUGAAUUUUAAAAUCAAAAUAUUUUAGAGAUUCAUUGACUUACAACUAGUAAAUAAACAAACGAGAAGUUAAAAAUGUAAACGUA